AUGAUUUUAACACCUCAGUGCCUUAACGCUAUGAAUUACCGCGAUUUCUGGGAAAGAACUGAAGAGCCUUCGCUCAAAAAAUUCUUGGAUUUUCGACUUCGUUCCGGCUAUUUGAGUGAUAUGAAAACGGAACACAAUCGUUAUUAUAACGAAUUAAAAACUCUUAGUGCACACUACGCUAAAGUAUCUGAAGUAGGAGAGAAAGUACAAAAGUGGAUAUCGGCUUUCAAGGCAAGAUUAAAUUUUAUAUUAAAUUAUUCGCUUCUAAGGCCCAUUCGACUCUCUUGCCUGACCAACUACCUUACUAACUGCUUGUUGGUAAUGGGAAAGACUGCUCGUUCGAAAAAAACUGCUUGUUCGUCCGGAAUGGUCCUCGUGGACUACUUUGCGAUCUGCUUGUUCGUAAGGGAAAGACUGCUUAAUGCUAAAAGGACAAAGCAAAAUAAAGAUUUCUGGAAGAUGCAUGAACAGAGUGAAAACAUCAAUGCAAAGGGCAAGUUGCUUGAGGAGAAAUCUAAAUUAGAUAUCAUACAGGCUCAGGCAGAAAUGACAAAGUCUCAGAUGGAUGGGAUUGUACACACAGCAAAGCAAUUAAAUAAAGGUGCUCUUUUAAACAUGAAGCAAGUUGUUUCUACCAUUGCAUAUGCGAAAUAUGAAACUAGGAACAAACGGGCAUUUGAUGAUAAUCAAGCACAGCUACCAUCAAAGUUUUUGCGCAAUUCUCCCGACAUUGAUGUUGAUGAGGAGUACAGUAAAGAUGAAGAGCAUGAAUAUUUAAGGACUCAAACUAUUCAAGAGCCCACACAGACAACCACAAACGGAUUACGUGAGAUUAUAAAUAAAAUUGAGAAUUCCACACAUCGGUUAUUUGAAUAUCGAAUAAUCGAUCUUUCUAACCGAAACGUUGCAAAUCCAGUGAAUAAAAUAUUCACAACUCUUGAAAAAGAAUCACUAAAGGGUUUCUGGGAUACUUCCGAGAAAUCGUGUCAAUUUAAUACACGUGACCUUAAAUGGGAAGAGGUUAUAAAACCUCUUUUGAUCACUUAUAGUAAAGCCUUUAUUGAGCCAAAAUCGAUGUUUGAUGACGCUCUACUGGAUUUUGACGUUGUUAUGGAGAAGCCAUACAAUGGUCUCUUCGACUAUAAACAGCAUUACAUUCUUUUAUGGGCACCAUUAAAUAAACUCACGGAUCCCAAGCAGUCAGAAUUCUCUUAUCGUGAAGAUUUUAUUUCCCCGAUCUUAGCACGAGCAUUUGAAGAUUUGGAGGUCAUCCAAUUCAGAACUGGCGAGAUUGAGAAUAUGUUAACAAAGACGCAGAGGAACGUAACUGAACAGCAAAAACAUCGUAUCCGUCUCGGUUGUAACCAAGACGGUAUUAUUGAAAUCAGUUUAAACGCAAUGAACUUUGAGAUAGGUUUUAUGGAAGUUGUUGGUAGCGCGAUUGAAGUUGAUUUAAAAAAAACUAGGAGAAGAUACCGAAAAACAAUUAUAGCGAUGCAAAUCUCCAUGUUCUACCAGAGACAACAUUUUCUUCAACGUGGAGCCACUGAAGACAAAAUCAAAUGCAUAGAAAGUUAUGGAAUUGUAGUAUAUCAGCGUGAAAUUACCAUCUAUACGAUGCACCAUGUGCCAGAAGGAAUAUACGUUGUUGAUAUACUUACGAGAUUUUCUAUCCCUGAGAUCAAAAGUCAUUUCUACAUGAUUAAAGAACUGAUCGAAAAGAUUUAUUUUUUCAAGAGUCCGAGUCGAACAUAUAUUCAAACAAGUGAAUUACCAACUCAAGGAUCACCACCAAUGAAAUCAAAUGGAGGAAGAAGAUAUAGUUUACAUUAA